AUGCAGACGCCGGAGCACCUCGAGGACGGGGACGUCGUGAUCACCGAGGUCAUCACCGCUGCCGAGCGGCAGCGGCUCGCGGCGCAGAACGCCAUCGUUGCGGAGGCCGCCUUCGAGCUCUCUGUCUUCCCCGACGCUGCCGGAUUUCCCGCCGGCUGUACUGUGGUGGUGCCAACGGCGGCGGGCGGCGCCGUCACCCUCGAGGAGGAGCUCCCGCUGACAGCAGAGGAGAUUGACGAGGGCAAGGCGGAGACCCUCCCAGCGCAAGGCAGACUCGUUGACCGUGACACGUUUGCCUCUCGGUACGUGCCGCGGCUGCCACGCCUCCGCCUUGCUGCCGGCGCCCUCGCCCGCAUGCCCGCGAGCCUCAUCCUGCGGGUGGAGAUGCGGCCGGUCAUCGAGAGCAGCGGCCGCCGCUCCGACGCCGUCCUUCUCCGUGUCGAGGCGACCCUCUCUCGCUCAAUCCUAGCAUCCGGCGAUAUGCGCGUCGGACGCCAAGGCGCGGAGGGUGUCGUCGCCGCUUGCCUCGAGGCGCGCAAGCACGCGGGGCUGCCGACGGCUGCCGCGUUGGCCAAGGCGUCGCGAGGCAUCCACCUGCCUCCUCGAGCAGAGAGGAAUGGCCGCGCCUCCCUCCGUUCGCUGCGAGGCAUGCUCGACGCGCUGGAGACAGAGGGGACCGCCGCGCCUGUCGCUUCGCCCCCCAUCGGACUUCCUGACGGCCUCGCCCUCUCCGAGUACCAGAGCGAGUCUCUCUCCAUCAUGCUCGCGCGCGAGCGCUCCGCAUACGGCCUCGAGGACCUGCUGCAGACGCAGCUGGGCAGCGGCGUGGUCGUGACGCAGCUGCCGGGAGGUGGCGUCACCUUCUCCGACUCGCCGCCGCUGCGCCACCGCGGUGGCAUCCUCGCUGAAGAGAUGGGGAUGGGCAAGACGGUGCUGGUGGGGCAGUGGAAGUUGGAGGUGGCGCUCAAGGCGCCGGGGCUGGGCUGCAUCGAGUGGGCCGCCUUCAGGGCCUCUGGCGGCGGCAGGCCCACGGCGAGCGAGUCGGGUGGGCGGCGCGAGAUUGCGCGCGUCGUGCUCGCCGCAUACUCGGAGGCGGGCGAGGUGGCCGGGCUGCAGCACGAGUGGUGGCGUGUGGUGUGCGAUGAGCCUCACCAAGUGCUCACCGCACGGCCUCGCGCGGGGCGCAUCGAUGCAGCGGCAGAGGUGGGGUCGUGCGCGCGCAUCCAGGCUGGCCGGCGCUGGUGCCUGACGGGCACGCCAUUCACAAACUCGUUCUUCGAUGUCUUUGGACAGCUCGUCUUUCUCGGCCUGAUCGGCCACGACGACACUGGCCGUGCGGGGACGGUGGGCGUGCUGCCCGCGCUCCACUUCCGCAACGAGCUCGACGGCGGUGGGAGGUACCAGGCGAUGGUCAACGACUCGGCCGAGGCGAUCGUGUCGCUGCUCAAGCCGCUCCUCGUGCGUCACACGCAGGGGCAGAGGCGCAAUGGCACCGCGCUGCUCUCGCUCAAGCCUCUCUCGCAUGCCCUCGUCCUCGUCGCUCCGACCGAGGCCGAGCGCGAGCUCUAUGCCGCCGCGCGCGACGAGGGGGCGGCCGUCGAUGCGAGGCUGCAUGCGCACGCGCACUCUCUGCGGCCGAUGCUCGAGGUGUGCGCGGGCCUGCACGGCGCGACGGGGGCAAAGGCGGCAAAGGCCCGCGAGGCCGGCCUCGCGCUUUCUUCCGCCUCAAACCUCGCCAAGGUGGCGCGGCGGGUCGUGCCACUCCUUCCCGGUCGUGACGACUUCACCGCCAGCGCAAAGAUUGUGCCGGAAGAGCUGCUCUCCGAGUGGCAGAGCUCCUUCAACGUCGAGGGGCUCUCGGCGGAGCUCUCCUGUGCCGUCUGCUUUGGCAGGAUCAGCCGCCCCGCCGCUCCAAGCAGCUGCGGUCACCUCAUGUGCCUCGGCUGUGCCGAGGAGCUGGUGGCGGCGGGCGACCUCACGCCGCGCAUGGGGCAGGGCGUCAGGAUCUCCGGCCACAGCGCCUUUCCUCCCGGCUGCACCUCCCGCGACAUCCACGCUGCGAGGGCCGCAAAGGCGCGCGCGAAGGAGACGCUCAUAGACACGGUGCACGCGGCGCUGCAAGGGCAUGUGCCUCGCGCCGACAUCCGCGUCGAGGUGCACGCGUUUAUGCAGGGCGAGGCCCGCGCGGAGGGCGAGGCUGCGGCCACCGGGACCGGCGCCCUUGGCCAAUGCUGGGCCUAUCUGCAUCUCGCUUCGUUUGAGCUCGAGACGAGCGCAGCAAAGGAGCUCGACGACAAGCACGUGUUUGCAGAGCAGGGCGCGCGCGCCAAAGUGACAGCUGGCCGCUACUACCAGCAGCACCGCACCUGCCCCUGCCCUGUGCGGGGCUGCGGCCGCCGCUUCGCCGUCGACGAGCUUCUCGACGUGCGAGCCGACGUCGUGGAGCACGCGCCGGGGCAGCGCUGGCGCCCAAUCGUGCGCGAGUUCGUCGCCGCCGCUGCAGUGCGAGAGCGCAAGGCGCGCCGCGUGGCCUCAAAGGCUGCUGCGGCACGGGUCGCGCUCGAGCGAUCCUCCGCAGCGCUAGCGCAGGCAGCUGCAGUUGGGGAAGCGCCAGUGGCUGAGGCACCGGCUGCGGCGCUUGCGGGGGGUGCUGCCGGAGGCAGCCUUACCACCGCCGUCGCCGAUGAAAGCGCUGAGACCCCGGGGGAGUCGUCGAGCGGCGCCGCUAGCAAGCUGGGGGCGGUGGCGGCUGUCGUUGCUGAUGGCUUGCCUCCAUUGCUGUAG